UGUUCUUAUGUGUGGCGGCCAAGCGGCCAUCUUAUCAUGAAGUCUAUAUAAACCUGGCCAGCGUUACGAAUAGGAAACACACAGCACGCUUCUCAACUCACAGCUCGACUACUAGCCGAGAUCCUGCACUCUAUCAUGGCAGCGCGCAUACUUAUGUUGGCCUUGUGCCUUGGAGUGGCGUGGGCCCAAUAUAACCAGUACCAACAGACCACUCCCGUUCCAAUCCUGAAGCAGAUCAACCGGCACAACGAGGAUGGAUCCUACAGCUAUGGAUACGAGGCUGCCGACGGAAGCUUCAAGAUUGAAACCAAACACCCAUCAGGAGAGGUUAGCACUGGAUAUCAAUUUCCGCAUUUUUGCAGGUACUCUGCUCCAGCUCCGCAGCCAGCUUACAGGCCUGCACCACAGGCCAACUAUUACAAGGCACCCGCCCCCGCACCCGCUCCACAACAGAACUACUACAACCCACCAGCACCGCAGCCCAACUACUACAACGCACCUCCACAGGCCCACCAGGCAAUCAAGAAUAUCGAUUACAUCACUGGAUCCUACUCAGUUACAUACAAAAAGAAGUGAUAGCAUAAUGUCUACGCUAUCUUGCUCACUGGACAUGUAUGUGAAACUAAGUCAUUAGCUGAGUGUUAACUAAGUUAGCUAAGUCCUUCGUUAACGUUCGAUUUUAGAUCCUCAUUAGCACGACUUCAUGUCAUUUUUGUACCUUUAGUUAAUUACUUGCUUUUACAGCGUCCCUUCCAAUCAGUGAACUACUUUUUCGUACUCCAUCGCCCCACUUCUAUCUUCUUAUGGUUAUCUGAACUUCUAUGUUCAUCUCCUUAUAACUCUUGAUUCUCUAUGAAUUCUUGUUUGAGCUCAUUCCAUUCCUAUGGAACACUUUUCUACUUAAGCUAUUCUCCCUUUCAGUCUUUAUAGCUAUUCUAUAAUUCUAUAGAAUUAUAUUCUUCUUAUUUAUAUUAAAACAAUCAAUAUCCUCUGUCCACUCGAUGUUAUUCAUACAAGAAGGAAUCUAGAUUCUUUGAUAAAGUCAUUCUUGAAAUUGCUACUCUUUUUGCAACACUUGGAAAGUACCCGCUCCUUCCACAUCACUCUUUCUCUCUCUCUUUCUCUAUGUUUUAUAAUAUAUGUUUCAACUCUUGCUUAUAUAUUUUAUUACAUAUUCCCUUGCACUGAAUCUCCUGUGAUAAGCGUUUAAUAUGAUAAUUAUUUCCAAUUCACUCCCUAUUGAUUUCUUCAAUAACCUACUUCAACUCCAGCCUCUCAAGAACCAUUGAAAAUAUAACUUACAGCUCACCAGCAAGUUAUAUGCUACUUUGUAUGCUCUUGUAAAUAUAGUCUAUGUAAUGUUAUAAUCAAAAUAAUUACUCUUAUGCAUAGGUGUAAUAUUUCACUGAUCGCCCUGGACAGUACACAAUAAAUAGUUUAUGAUGAUACAACUAUGUGUUCCGUUCUCUAUGAAAUGAGAAUCUAUUAUGACCUUAAAUGUGGAAAGUAAAGCUAUAUAUUUGGAAAUUUCCAUUCUCACAUAUGAGUUUACAGUAAUCUAUUUUCUGGAAUUAUUAGUUUGUCAAUCAAUGUAUCUAUUUACUUGUAAGAAAUACCGUUAAAUGGUGCUUAUUCAAUGAUAGUUUUUGGGUCAUUCCAGAAUAAUUUACUCAAUCUCCAAAUGCUCAAAACUUGAAAAAGAACUGUGGAUUAUUAUUGAUUAUAUACUUUGAUGUUAAUUACAAAAAUAAUUUAUACACAAA